UCUCUUACAAGAACAGGUGAGGUUACGUUCGCGUCGAACACCUGUUGUCAAAAUCUGACGUCCCGAGGGAGAGACACGGGGAUCCCCAUAAAUCUAAUCGACCAUGGCGCGCUACUUCAGAGAAGAGGACAUAGAUGAGUUCCGAGAGUGUUUCUACCUGUUCGCUCGAAGCGGCCAGAUUCGCACGCUUGACGAGCUCACUAUAAUUAUGAGGUCCCUGGGAUUGAGCCCGACGAUUGCGGAAUUGAACAAGUACAUGAAGGACAAAGGUGGAAAGAUGUCCUUUGCCGAUUUCUUGGAAGUCAUGCACCUUCAGACUCGCGCGGAGGACCUGCCGAAAGAAGUGAUCAAAGCUUUUCAAGCUGCGGACACCUCUCACAGUGGCACUAUACCAGCACGACAGUUGGCGCAUAUGUUGCUUCACUGGGGAGAGCAAUUGAGUAGCAAAGAAGUGGAGCAAAUCUUCCGCGAAGCCAACGUGUCUUUAAACGGACAUGUGAAAUACGAAGAUUUUGUAAAAAUUGCGUGUGCACCUGUACCUGAUUAUUAUUAAUAAUUAAGCGAUUUUCAUAUUUAUAUACCACGGUCCACGAUUUUACGCUUCUAUAUAUUCCUACGAAAGGCGCGAAAGAGAAAAAUACUUUUACAUAAAUAAGAAAAGAUCAGUUUAAGCUUUAAAAGGAGUUUUAUAACUCAAAAAUAUGGUUGCGGGACUUCUGGUUAUCGGAUAAAUAAAGUCUAUUUCAUUAUUUA